AUGUUUGACGUCUCGUCCCAAAUCCCAUUCCUCGUAGACUCUCAUAUAACCAUGUCGUUCGCUGCAAAAAGGGAGGUGAGUAAGAUUGGCAGAAGGGAAGUAUUGGCUUACAGGAUUCCAGAUUCCGGAGCAUCCUACAUGUUUUCCUUGGCACGCAGGAACCGAUGCUCUGAUGUAUACCAGUGCCUGCAGUGUAAGGCGAUGAACUCAUGGAGAACAAUCAAGGCUCGUGGCGACUACUUUCUUAGCGACCCAUCCGCAAUAGGACAUCAGCGGGAGACAAGGCCAGGAGAAUUGCAUACGAGAAAGUACAAGCAGUCCGAUCAGAUCUAUGUUGGUCGAACUCCACGGCAAGUUUAUGAGAUGCUGGAAAAAGCAAAUGAGGAAUACGAUGGUAAGCUUAAAAAUUACUUUGUCGCGAAUACUGCAGUAGAACAGUUUUACGUUGCAGAUGAGGUCAUGAAAGCACUGUAUGGUUGGGGUUUCGGUAUGAAAAGGCGGGCUAUCUCUCGGGCGAUCAACUCAUGGAAGGACAGGGAAGUGACCCUACAGAAUAUACCAGAAAAUCUGGCGAGGCUCAGCGAUGGUAGGCUUUUCGUGCAAAAGCAAGAUGCAGAAUUGCACAUUUACUACUCAGGGGAAACGAUCGAGAUAAAUUGUACAUAUUCUAACAAAAGUGUCUUAGGUUGUCAGAAAACGAUUGCAUGUAAGAGUGGCCUCUACGCUAUAGUGGCCGAUGGAGUUCACACUAAGCAACACAAGGAACUUGCUCAACUCUACUGUGUGCAUGGAAUUUGCGAUGGAGGAAUAGAAAUCCCACUUCUGUAUUCGAUGACCGCGCGCAAAACAGAGGACACUUAUUUGAAGAUUUUUGGGCAUCUGAAGAAUUUAUUCAAAAUUCAUCGGCCGCGGUCCAUUCAACCCUUAGGAUUGUACUCGAUUAUGAAAAAGCUUUCCAUUGCUGCUGUCCGGCGCCUUUUUCCUUAUUCUGAAAUUGAAGGCUGUGCCUUCCAUUUGGCACAGGCCUGGAACAGGCGAAAAGACACGUGCAAGCUUAGAAAGUUUGUCCAAGGACGCUGCAGAACAGCAGUCUUUUCUAAUUGGUGGGACACAAUUAAAGGUGUAAUUUUUCUUCCGAAACGCCUUUACCCACAGGUAAGAUGUGAUACUAGUGCAUUACAGGAAAUGCAGGCAAGCUUUGUAGGUACCAGCAUUAUGGAGGCCGCCUGUCCCACAAAACCAUGUGGCCUACGAGAAGUGCAAAGAAUUUUUGGCGUAUUUUCACGCAAACUGGUUGAAUGGCCCUUACAAGGACCUUUGGAACAAAUGGAAAAAGGUAGAUCUAUAAACAACAAACGUAACCGAAUGUUUUUCACGCAAAAAGGUUGA